CAAUUUUAACUUCAAAUCUAUAAUAUUAUAAUUAUUUGAAAAAAUAUAAUUUAUUUAAUGAUAAACAAUAUAAAUAUAUAUCACAAUAAGGAAGACUGAUAUUCACUGAAAUGCAAUCAGCUACUGUUGUUAGGAACGUAAAAUUUUCUCUGAUUUAUUAUAUAUUCAAAAGAGCAUGCGUCUCACGAUUCCCGAAUCUUUUUCUAUAUGAUCGUUUUUGUCAUUGCUGGUGAUAGCUAGCUUUGCGUGUGUUCGAAAUGGAUAGUAUAGAAGCUUUCAAUCAUAUUAUUAAAAUUAGUAAAAUAAAUCUUCAAUUGCUUGGUAUCUGGCCAAAUCCAUAUAAGUCGGAGAAUUUACUGACAUAUUGCCAUGUAGUUCUUGUUAUUAUUCUCAUUUUCAUCUUUGUAAAUAUUCCUCAGACGACAAAAUUAUUAAUGGUACGCAACGAUUUGGACAAAAUGAUUGAAAUUCUUUGUACUGCUGAUAUUUCUGUUGCUGUUGCAAUAAUGAUGAUUUUUGUUCUAUGGCGAAAUAAAGAAACAUUGAGACCUCUAGUUACUGUAAUAAUACAAGAUUGGAUGAAACCAAAAUCAAAAGAAGAACACAAUAUAAUGGUGAAAAUGGCACAAACAUCAAGGAGAAUAUCAAUUAUUUGUCUUUUAUUAUCACAAGGAACUUUUCAUGUUAAAUUAAUACAAGAAUUAUUUUCAAAUAUCAACCAUAAAUUAAAUGGCAAUCAUAAUGAAACUCGAUUAUUAGUUGAAUCAUAUUUCCCCUAUAAUAUGAUAAAUACACCAAAUUUUGAAAUUACAUGGUGUAUACAAUGGUUCGCGUUAUUUUUAGCAACAUGUGCUUAUUCAGGAAUAGAUUCAUUUUUUGCUGUACUUGUAAUGCAUAUUUCUGGUCAAUUUGCAGCUUUACAAUUGCGAAUAAUUAAUUCUGUAAAUGUUAAAAAUUUUAAAGUAAAUUUUAAAAAUAUUAUUCACAAACAUGUGACAUUAUAUAGACAUAUCGAGAUAAUCGAAGAUUCUUUUAAUAUAAUGUUUCUUGCUCAAAUGCUCGCUUGCUCUAUUCAGUUUUGUCUUCAAGGAUAUCAAUUGAUUAGUAUUGUAAAUGACUCGAAACAUGAACGACCAAUCGCUAAUCUUUUAUUCAUGGCAAUAUUUUUAAUUUAUAUGAUGGGACAUUUUUAUAUUUACUGUUAUCUUGCUGAGCAAUUACGGUUUCAAACUACCGAAGUUGCAAAUUCAGCUUAUAAAUGUGAGUGGUUUAGCUUAGAAUCAAUUCAAGCCAAAAACAUUUUAUUCCUAAUGAAACGAGCUAAAAAACCUGGAGUUAUUUCAGCAGGAAAAUUUUGCUUUCUUUCAUUAGAAAUUUUCAAUAAGAUAAUGAAAAACUCAAUGGGAUAUUUAUCAGUACUUUUGGCUAUGAAAAGAAAACAAAAUAACGUUACAUCGCGUGUACCUUCAAUGGAUGGCAAAAAAGCUGAAUAUUAUUCGAUGCGAAUUUGUAAAUUAAGUUUACGAAUCAUUGGAAUUUGGCCAGAAGAAUGUGAUCACAAUAAAGAUUAUAUCGACAAAUAUCGGGCAAUUGGAAUUUUUAUUCUUGUAAUUCUGUUCAUAAAUGUGUCUCAAACAUUAAAACUUUUUAUGGUAUUGAACGAAAUAGCAUUGUUUUCUGAAGUUCUUUGUAAAAUUAAUCUUCCAGUUCUUGUCGUUCUUCUUAUGAUUGUUAUUUUCAUAAGAAAAAAAGAAGAGUUAAAGUCUCUUGUAGUCGCGAUAAGUGAUGAUUGGAAUAAUAAAAAAACAGAAGAAGAAAGAUUAAUAAUGUGGAAUAUGGCACGAUUGGCUAGAAAAAUAUCGAUAUUUUGUACAUUUUUGUCACAAGGCACAGUUGUUGGUCAUACAUUGUCGGAGAUUUCAAUUUUAAUAAACGAUAGAUUUCAAUCACCAUCAGGCAAUUUUACUUAUCGUUCAUAUUUAAUUUCUUAUUUUCCAUAUGAUACAAAAAGUAGUCCUAUAUUCGAAUUAACAUGGCUUAGUCAAUUUUUAGCAACAUUUCUUUCAACAAUCACUUAUUCUGGUGUUCAUAGUUUUUUUGCUGUACUUGUUAUGCAUCUUUGUGGACAAUUUAAUAUUUUAAAAAUUCAAAUAACAGCGACUAUUAACAAAAUUACUCAUGAAAGAAGAAUAAAUGACUUUCAAAAAAUUUAUCGUCAAAUUAUUCAGAGACAUCAAUUUUUAAAUAGGUGUGUCGAUAUAACCGAGGAUUCAUUUAAUGUGUUAUUUUUAGCAGAAAUUUUUGCAUGCUGCAUUCAAUUUUGUCUUCAGGGUUUUCAACUAGUUAUUAUGACAAGAGGAAAUGAUGAAAAAUUACCAAUUGAUUCGAUGAUUGUGAUGAUAAUGUUUCUUAUAUAUUUAUUGACAUUUUUAUUUAUAUAUUGCUAUUUGGCUGAACAACUUCGACGGCAGAGUGCAGAAAUAGCAUACGCAGCUUACAGUAGCAAAUGGUAUGAUUUAUCAUCAAAGGAAGCUAAUAAUUUGUUACUAUUAAUGCAAAGAGGUGGAAUACCAAGUACUUUAACAGCAGGGAAAUUUUGCACUCUUUCAUUGCAACUCUUCAAUAGGAUUUUAAAAACUUCAGCAGGAUAUUUUUCAAUGCUUUUAACAAUAACAAGAGACAAUGUGCUACCUCAGGGACCCUUUGAGGAUUUGAUGAAGUACUCUCGUAUGUGUCUAAAAACGUUUGGAGCUUGGCCAUCGCAAACAAAUAAAACAUUAUCAAAUGUCUUGUUUUUUAUCAGUUUUAUGAUUUUAAUGUUUACAAUUAUCAUACCACAAGGUAUAAAGUUGAUUCAAGUUCGAGACAAUCUCCGUCUAAUAACUCAAAUUGUUUGUGCUGCAGAAUUGCCAUUUUUGGUCGCUGUGAUAAAAAUGUGCAUACUAUAUUAUAAUAAAGAAACAAUAAAGAUUCUUUAUGGCUACAUAAUUGAUAAUUGGAAAACAAAUAGAAGUAAUGAUGAAAUAAAAAUAAUGAUGAAAGAGGGUUAUAGGGGUAAAAAAAUUGCAAUUUUUUGUAUGUCAAUGGGAUUUGCGACCAUGAUUGCUCGUUUGAUUCAAUGGAUAUUUGAAAAUUUAAGUAAUUGGCAUAAUCCAGAUCACUUCAAAAAUUAUACAUUAUAUAUUGAAGCAUAUUUUCCAUAUAAUUGGAACUAUAGUCCAAUUUUUGAAUUAAGUUGUAUUAUUGAAUUUGUUGGCACAUAUUUAUCAAUUGUUGUCUAUACUGGUACUGAUGGUUUCUUCAGUCAAAUUGUUUUACAUCUUUCUGGAGAAUAUAUUAUUUUAGGUUUAAAACUCAUGGACAUUAUCAAUACAAAAGUUGGUUAUGAGUUUGAUGAAAAAUUGGGCCACAUCAUUGAUGUACACGAUCAUAUUAACAGUUGUAUCGGAAUCUUAGAAAGUACAUAUAAUUUGAUGAUUCUGGUACAAUUACUCGGUUGCAGUAUUCAAUUUUGUAUGCAGGGUUUUCUUUUUGUAUUGUAUGUAACAGAUAAAAAUUCGAGUUCCGUGAUAUUAGAUGUACUUUUUAUAGUAGUAUAUCUUAUGUAUAUGAUUGGAGAUUUCUAUGUGUAUUGUUAUUUGGGUGAACAGCUUCAGAUACAAAGUUUUGCAUUCGCACAAACAGCUUAUGAUUGUGAGUGGUACAAUCUACCUCCUAAGAAAGCAAAAUGUCUUCUUUUGCUCAUGCAGAGUGGACAUAAACCCGUACAAGUAACAGCGGGAAAAUUUUGCGUUCUCAAUUUAAUUUUGUUUCAAAACAUUAUCAAAACAUCAAUGGGUUAUUUAUCAUUUUUGGUGACAAUGACGAUAAGAAAAAAAUGAAUCUUCUUCUUUGGCAUUUCAUAUCAUUGAAACAUCAAUGGAUUUAUUUGUCAAUUUUUUGAUAGCAACGUGAAUAAGCAUUUAGUAUAAAAAGUGUAAUAUUGUAAAAAUAAAUAAAAAAUGUUCACUACUACUGGAUAAGAAAUUGAAAAUAAAAAUGAAGU